AUGCCUUCAUCAAGCUUCAAAAGCACUCUUUCUAUCACCCAUAUAGGGACAGCUACUGCAAUCCUCGAGAUUGAUGGUGUGUGCCUCCUGACCGAUCCAUUUUUCUCUCCGGCUGGCACCGAGUUCGAUGUUGGCCUAAUGGUUCUCAAGAUCAGCGAAACUCCAGCCCUGGGACUCGCAGACCUCCCUCCUAUCGACGCCAUCCUAUUGAGUCACGAAGACCAUGUCGACAAUCUAGACCCCAUAGGUCGCCAACUUGUUGACGGCCGUCUCGUGUUCACAACGAUGGACGGAGCAAAGAACCUGGCACCCCGUCCUGGCGUGCGUGGAAUGAAGCCAUGGGAGACACUAUCUGUCAGCAUUGGCGGUAAGCCAUUUCAAGUGACAGCAACUCCGUGUCAACAUCUCCCCGGCGGUGAAUGUACCGGCUUCGUCUUGACUACCCCGGACUUCGGCGUGGAUGCGGACGGUCUACCCAAUGCGAUCUACUUCUCAGGCGAUACCGUCUAUAUCGAAGAGCUGAACCAGAUUGCCGACAAGUUUCAUGUCGUGGCAGCAAUUUGCAACUUGGGUGAUGCUCAAAUCCCACUUCCAGACGUACACCUGCAGGUCACAAUGGACGGCAAGCAAGCUGCCCGUUUGUUUCGUGAACUCAAAGCAGAUGUGCUUGUUCCUAUGCACUAUGAAUCCUGGAACCAUUUUACUCAGGGCAGAGAAGACUUGGCGAGGGUUUUCAAGGAAGAGGGCAUCGAGGAUAAGAUUUGCUGGUUAAUACCUGGGGUAGCAAAGAAAGUCUUUUAA